AUGAACACACACCCCUCGAACGGAAUCGGUCGACACAAGUGCAAGAACUCUCCGAGUAAUGAAGACGCGAUUUUGGGCAAUGUGUCGCUAUCAGCAGACUCGCAAUGUCUAGGCUUUUUGUCAUUUUCAGAAUCAAACGAUGAAUUGCCUGCGCUUUUUGAUGACUUUACGUUCGUGCAAGAACAAUUUCACCCAAAUUCACAGCGUCUCUGCCUCUAUGGCUCCUCCCCCGAAAUGGCCGCCGAAAAUGAAGCUCUAAGCUUCUCAGAGUUACUAAAGGACGACAGCGAGGAUAUCUUGGAAAGCUCUUGCCAACUACAGUCGGAAUUUGCACCAUUUGGAUUAGUGUUCAACAAAUCCCAGGGUCCUCCUUCGGGCUUUCUGACACAUGGAUGUGAUCGCCAGGCUGGCCUCUCUCAAAAAAUUUGGAGCCCAGGAUUAAAUCCUUCUAUUUUCCAUCUACCAACUGAUGCGGACCAUGAGAUCGAUCUAUUGAUGGGAUGUGCGGCAACUCUGUUCCCUCUAAUUGUUAAAGCUGGAAAGCUUGUGCAAAAUAUGUGGAAGAUGGCUGAAAACUCGGUGUCUAUUGUUUCCCAAGCGAUGGACCUGAAAGCUCUCCUCGAGCAGUGGACACCGCCACGCUGUUUCGAUUCCCCCGAAGAUUCCAGCUCCGAGGUUCAACAUAGCAUUCAACUCGCGCAUGCCUACCACUGGGCCACAGUUCUCUACUUGAAUCAAAUGUUCCCUUUUCUGGCGGCGGGUGCCGAGGCGUACUCGCCAGAAGAUCGGAAAUGGGUACUUGGACGAUUGAACAUCAUUCAAUCCCGACUUAUGAUUGGUGGGGUUGAUCGUUGUCUGGAUGUGAUCCGAGAAGUCUGGUCACGACGCGACAAAUUCAAAGCGUCACAGGGGGACCACUCGCCGCAGCAAGCACCAAUCUCUGUGGAGUUGAGCUCAUCAAGCCACAGCUUUGAUGGCACAAGGAGAUCAGCUUUCCCUUUUGAAGAUCUUGCCAGCAAAGAGAAAAGUCUGAACAACCAUCAAUCACUUCGUGGCCUUCUCAAGAAGCCAGUGAAAAGACAUCUCCCAUCUGCCACCGCCAAUGUCGCACAUCGUUGGUCUCGAAGAUCCUCUACAAUCUCCCCGUUGAUCAAUAUGGACUUUGAAAGGAGUAUUCGCAGCAGGUCUCAUUGGAUCAAUAUUAUGAAUGAAUGGGGAUGGAAAGUCUUCCUUGAUUGA